GGGACGCUGGGGAAGCCGGGGAAGCUAUCCCGGUGGGCUGCGCGCGCGGCGGCGUUUGAAUGCCUGUGAGUGGGUUCCGGCCCGGGAGCCGAGGGACGCUCUAGGCUGCAGGCGCUGUUCGUCAGCGCCCGGGCUGGGCUGAGGCGGCGCGGUACAAUGAAGCGCCGGUAGUUAAAGAGAUUAUGGCAUCUGAAAAUCACAAUGUUAAAAAACGGAACUUUUGUAAUAAUAUUGAGGAUCAUUCUACUGAUCGUCCUAGAAAAAGGAUCUCUAAUUUCACUAAGAAGAACAUGAAGGAGGUUAAGAAAUCUCCAAAACAGUUGGCUGCUUACAUAAAUAGAACAGUUGGACAAGCUGUGAAAAGCCCGGAUAUCCUACAUAAGGUGAUCUAUUGCAGAAAGAAAGUUCAUCAUCCCUUUCCAAAUCCUUGUUACAAAAAAAAACAGUCCCCUAGAAGUGGGGGCUGUGACAUGGCAAAUAAAGAAAAUGAGCUGGCUUGUGCAGGCCACCUGCCUGAGAAGUUACAUCACGAUAGUCGGACAUACGUGGUUAACUCCUGUGACUCUGGUUCUUCACAGACAGAAAGCCCGUCAUCAAAAUAUAGUGGGUUUUUCUCUGAGGUUUCUCAGGACCAUGAAACAAUGGCCCAAGUUUUGUUCAGCAGGAAUUUGAGAUUGAAUGUGGCUUUAACUUUCUGGAGAAAGAGAAGUAUAAGUGAACUUGUAGCUUAUUUAGUGAGGAUAGAAGACCUUGGAGUUGUGGUAGAUUGCCUUCCUGUACUCACCAAUAGUUUACAGGAGGAAAAACAAUAUAUCUCACUUGGCUGCUGUGUAGAUUUAUUACCUCUAGUAAAGUCAUUACUUAAAAGCAAAUUUGAAGAAUAUGUAAUAGUUGGUUUAAACUGGCUUCAAGCAGUAAUAAAAAGAUGGUGGUCAGAACUAUCAUCCAAAACAGAAAUUAUAAAUGAUAGAAAUAUUCAGAUUUUAAAACAACAAUUAAGUAGAUUGUGGGAACAGGAAAACCAUCUUACUUUGGUUCCAGGAUAUACUGGUAAUAUAGCUAAGGAUGUAGAUGCUUAUUUAUUGCAGUUGCUUUGAGAGAUUUCCUCCACUAAAGAACAGUUGGUUAUUUAAAGCAUCCCAGGACUCAUGAUUUCCAACUGAACUGUCGAAGAAAUCAAAACCAUCCUUUUCUUUUAAAAAAUCCACAUAAUGAAACCACUAAUGAAACCCUAACAAUCUACUUCACAUUGAAGUGGAAAAAUAUCCAAAACGAGCAGCUUCAACUUCAGUGAGGUGAAAGUGCACUAUGAAGAUUAUUCAGAUCUCUAAUAUUUUUCAUUUCUGUAUCAUUUAAACUUCAUUUGAGUAAAUCACUAAAUAUUUCUAUUUUUUGCUUUUUUACUUCUGAUUUUUAUAUAUACACUACAUAUGUCUUAAAGUUACAGUGCUUUAGAAUUGUUUACAGCUAAUGCUGACCUUGUAUUUUAAAUUCCAACACUAUGCAUUACUACCUCCUCCAGUGGUUAGUAUGAAAUGCCAGCUGACUGUAUGUGAUUAUUUUUGUGUCUUUUUUAAAAAUACCAUUUGUAAUGUCAGUGAACCCAAUUCUUUAAAGUCUUAAUAGCUCUAAAUCUUAGCUGUCUUGAAAGUGAUUGGGGUUUAAUUCCACUACUAGUGGUUCAUACAUCAUCUUAUCUUUAAUAAAUCUCUGACAAGCAUCCAAGGGUAGAUAAAAUCAAAUUUCUCUUCAGCACAGUAAUCCUAAAGAAUACAAAUCUUUAAUAUUUAUGUAGUUAGUAACUACUGAUAUGAAUCUCCAGCAUCUUUCUUGUUGUAAAAAUGUUUAAAAUGAUAUCUUUCACUGAAUUCUAUUUUUGCAUAGCUAUAUUUUAUAUAGCUAUGUAUUCUUCACAGUGAGUAUCAACUGUAGUAAUUGGUUGUUAAGUCUUUAGAGUAAUUUCGGAUUACUACACUUGUGAUUUGAGAGAAAUUAUUUAAGUCAUUUCUCAAGAUGUGGGAAUUUGAAUCGUAAACCUGCACCAUCUCUGUGAAAUCUUAUGAUGAAAUACAGCCUUUUUUAAUUCCUAUUCCUUUAGUUAUCACUGUUUUAUUUAACACUUUGCAUGAAUUAACUUGGUUGGAGUAUGGUGCUAACGAGACUGAGGACAAGAGCAUGAUGCCUAGAAGUUCGCUAACUUUAUGCAUGCACAAAAUGAUUUCGUGACUACAGAUUACACCUUCUCCCAGGUAUCCAUCUCUUAAAUUUAACUGAUUACAGGAAAGAUGGUAUGUAUGGUUUAUCAUAAAUCCUUAUCCUCAAAUGGAAGAAAAAUGAUUGUUACAUUGUUACUGUAGUCUUCUGAUAUUUACGAUAAUAUAUACAGAAUAAGAUAUCUGAACUACUGUAUAAUUUUUAAUUUUACAGUAUUAAUAUGGGUCAUAUCAUUGGCUAAAUAGUAUCUGUAAAAGUCAAAUUUCAGUAAACCAAACAUCAGUGAAAAGCACAAAUAAAAAUGAAACAAAGUAAGAAAUAUUAUCCUUUAAACACUGAGUUCUUUUGCCUAAAUUUAGGUUUGUUUAUUUUGUUUGUUUUGUUUUUUGGUACCGGGGAUUGAACUCGGGUCCUUGCACUUGCACAGCAGGCAGAGAAACCACUGAGCUAAAUCCCCGGCCCAAAUUUAGGUUUGUUGAAGCCAAGUAAGAUAAUACUUCAUUUGAUAUACUCAUCUAUAUAAGGAAGCAGUCUUUACCUCACAAAGAUUAUUCAGGAGAUUAUUUACAAAGAUUAUUCACUCCGAAUUUCUUUUCUAGGCCUUUGCAGUUUUCCUUAGUACCUACCUCUCUCAGUUAUGGAAUUGUGAUUAGUAUUAGGUGAUUUUAAGAUUCUUGGAAAAAAAGAUGUAAAAGUAUUGUUAAAUAUUUCUGUUGCUAUCAAGCUCUUCUUGUGCUACUGCAUUUUAAUUAGAGCAGUCUUGAUAUCUAGAAAAAGCCAAAACAAGUGUUUACAAAGUGUUUGGGCUUUUGUAUUGACCUAGUUUGGGACAAUUGCUAUUUGUAGUUCAUUUGUUUCAUGCUGCUAAGUAGUAUACAAAACUACUCAAGGUAGCCUUUUUAGCUUUUUUUUUGGUACCGAGGAUUGAACUUGGGACCUUGUGCUUGCGAGGCAGGCACCGGAACCACUGAGCUAAAUCUCUGUCCCCUUUUUAGGUUUUUUACCUUAGGUUUUCUUUGCUAACUUUGCAAGUAUAGGGACAGAGAGUUUAUUGAGAUAAUAGAAGGUUAUAAUCAAGUAAUUUGCAUCUACUAGGGAUAACGAGUAGAUUUUGUAUAAUGAUUAAGAUCAGAACAAGGGUUAAAAGUUGGGAAGCAAGUGUUAUCAGAUGGCUUUUUAAAUUAACUUUUGACAAUAACCUCAAAGAUAGUUGGCACUAAUUAUUUACAUGAAUCCUGAGAUGUGAAAAUUUGGAUAUAGGUAUCUGUAUUCAUUUUGGGAAGUCAUAGUAUUAAACUCUAAGGGUUACCAAGGAAUUACAUCCCAGUGCCUCCAGGCAUACUUGGUACAUGCCAUUUGCAUAGAUUUAAUGCUCUGUUUCUGGCCUUUGAAACAGUUGUUUUCUCACUUAAAUCAUUUCUGUAUUUUUCAGUGUUUAUACAAGCAAUGGGUAAUUAAUUGGAGUGAUAGUUGUUAGCUAUUGGAUACUGGUAAUAGAAAUCAUUUAAGAGUAGCUAAGUUAGUCAAGGAGUCUGAAAAAGCAAGACUAUUUCAUUUUAUUUCCACUUAUCUUCCUAUUUAAGAGGGAGAUUAUGAUAUCAGUUGCCUUUGACAGUUUAAAAAAAAUCACAAAUAGCUAGCACCUGGAGUGACCUGUUGGCUACACUGCUUCUUCUCUUUCAUCUUAUUUUCUGAUGACCUGAGAUAGAAACAAUAUUGCUAUUGGUAGGUAUUUACUCCUAUAUUCUUUCUCCCUUAAUUUCUAACCUCAAAAAUUGUCAAACCCUUUGGAACACACUGUUCUUCCUUUAUAACUCUGUAACAAGAGUAUAGAAAAGCUUAUUCCUAAACACUGUAUAUUUCUAAUUUGUAAUAUAGCUUUAUGAAUAAUAGGACCAACUAUAACAAUAAAAGUAAAUACAACAUAUUAUGUAUCUACUAUCCUGAGUACAUUUUCCAAUGCUGUACGUAACAUAAUAUUUGAAUACUAUUGUCUAUAAUUAUAAUUUUCUCUGGAUCAAAUUAUUGAUUUAACAGUAUCCUCUAAAGUCAAAGUUCAAUAAAAAUUAAGUACAACUACAAAUAAAAUAGUA